CAAUGUCUUUAUAAGUUGCUGCACCAAACAAUUUCUCUAUCAUUCUCUAUCAUUCUGUUGCAAAGCAGGACAGAACCGUCAUUCUCUGCACAUCAACUUAAGAGGUUAUGGCUCUGAGCAGACUUCUGACUUUGGGGCUCUGUGUUCUCUCCCUGCUGGUUCCGCCAGGCCAGAUGGAGCAGUGUGAAUGCCAGGGUCCUGGAGGACCACCUGGCCCUCCUGGCCCUCCUGGGCCUGUUGGACCUUCUGGAGGCAUACCUGGACUUCCUGGUCGACCUGGUCCACCUGGAGAGCGCGGGCCAUCUGGACCUUCUGGAUUUUCUGGAUUACCAGGAGUUUCUGGUAGAGUUGGACGUGAUGGAGUCCCUGGUCCACCUGGUCCCCAGGGAGCUACUGACUUAGACCUGGAACCACUGCAAGCAAGCUUGGUCAAACUGGAGUUGGCCAUAAACUAUGACUUCGCCAGAAGAGUUGACAAGAAGUACUUUGUGUCACACAAGAGACAGGGUUCUUUUGACGACGCUGUUCAGUUCUGCACCAAGAGGGGCUUGCUGCUGGCUUUGCCGAAAAACGAGGAGGAAAACACUGCUCUCACUCAAGUCCUUGAAGGGGCUUUCAAUAAUGUGUGGCUCAAUGUUGACAAAAGCAAAGAGGGAAAGUUUCAGCUAGAUUUGAAAGGCCAUCCCCUCACUUUUUCCAAAUGGGGAGAUGGGGAACCAAAAGUGCCUAAUGGGGAUAGGGGCUGCACAAUGUUGACAGAGUCAGGUGCAUGGCAGGUGACAUCUGAUUGCUCCUUCAAUGCCUAUAUCAUGUGUGAGAUAUAGGGACACCUCUAUGAAAUGCUGUUUCUGAGUUUACAAUGAAAUCUUUCUUCUCUUCAAUUAGGAUUCUCUAGGUUUUAUCUCUAGGUUUUAUCUCUAGGUAUUAUCUCUAGGUUUUAUCUCUAGGUAUU